AUGUUGCAAUUUCAAUAAAACGAAUGAAAACGGAAGCGUAAAUUCUUAUCAUGGGGUUACUCCGUUAGCAUAAUAAAGAUUAUUCGAUCAGUGUUAUAGGGGUUACUUUGUCAGUGUUAUAGGGAUUAUUCAAGCGGCCACAUGAUAUAACCAGCUGUGUAUAAACUGCUGAAACGGAGUACUAUGUAGAUAGAUCGGUGCUCGCACAAGUGAAUAACAAAAGCAUGAUAUGAACCGGCCCAUCUCUCAACCUUAAUUAGCUCAUGGGCUGGCCCUGUUUCAUUCUGGGCCGAUAACAAUUACUCAAACUGUAUCUCGACCCAGCCCACUAUACUCAAACAAAGGCUUGUUGACCACCCAAAAAAGUCAACACAAGUGGGGCCAGAGCCUCAGAAAUGAGUUUCUAGUUCUACCAACAAAUUUGUUUUUUUUAAUUUUUUUUUUUCCCUUCAAUAUUAACCUUAAAUUAAUUUUCCAUUUUUAAUUUAGGAAUUGUUUGCUAUUUUUCUCCUUCACUGGAAAUUUUACCCGAAAAAUUAGGGACAAUCAAAACUUGUGCUCUCCACACGUUUCUCUCUGCUUUGUUUCUCCAUCUUCCUCAAAUCCCCAAUUUUUCUGCCAAAUCCACAAGAGGUUUUAUGGACUUCUUUCUUAACAAAAUGAAGGAGAAGUCAUCUGAAUGCCCCUUCGAUGAACAAGAUAUCCAGCAAUGUCCGUUCUUGAGGAACAUUAGCAAACCCACAAACUUGUCAUUCGCACAUGUGAAUCUUCCUGUUCCAGCUGCUGGAUCCAAGGGUCCAAUUUUUGAAGAUGGUCCAAACUUCGAUUUGGCUUUCAACCUUUUCCAUGGGAAGGAUGGGGUUGUCCCACUCACAAGGAGGCCAAGUUUUCAUGCUGAUGAUCAUUUGGAACCCCAAUCUUCUCUGAUGUUUAAUCCGUUGGCUACAAAGGCAGCCACGAUUAGUUUGUCAGCAUUUGGACUUGGGGGCCCAUUUGGUUUCAAUUUCUUAUCUGACAAAUGGAAGAAACAGAAGCAGAAAUCCGAGUCUUCAGGGAAAAAGGAUCGUUUUUCUCAAGAAGGAAAUCCAGCAGAACAUGAGGCCCUCAGCAGUGAGUGGCUACAAAGUGGGAACUGCCCAAUCGCAAAGUCUUAUCGGGCUGUAGGUCACGUGCUUCCCCUAGUUGCCAAGGCUCUGCAACCACCAUCAGGUAUGAAGCUCCAUUGUCCACCUGCUAUAGUGGCUGCCAGGGCUGCUCUUGCUCAAACUGCCUUUGUGAAAAACCUCCGCCCGCAACCUCUACCAGCAAAGAUGCUCUGCAUUGCUGCAUUGGGCAUGGCAGCUAAUGUACCUCUUGGGAUUUGGAGAGAACACACCCAGAAGUUUUCAUUGUCAUGGUUCAUUGCAGUUCAUGCUGCUGUACCCUUUGUAGCUAUGCUUAGAAAGGCCGUUUUGAUGCCCAAGACUGCAAUGGCCUUAACAAUUGGUGCAUCAAUUCUAGGCCAGGUAAUUGGCUCAAGAGCAGAGCGAAUUCGGAUGAAAGCAGUGACUGAAAAUCAAAUUAUAACUUCUGAGAAAGCUGCUUAUCAAGAAUUUCCAGGCUAUAGUACAGACCGUGUAGACGACGGCAUCACUAAUUCCUGUGGGAAUGAGCAGGUGAUAUUUUGUACACUUUCAAGCAAGCACAAUAAUGCGGGCUCAUCUGGAACUAAUGUAUGUUUCUAAGAAUGAGUGAGAUGAAAUAAGACAUAAUGAACUACGUAGUAAUUGAGUUAGUAAAUCAAUAAAGCUUGCUAUGUAGAUUAUACUAGUUGUAAUCUGCUUAAGUUUGUGUAAAGUGAUUUGGAAUGCAAGUAUAUUUAUACACAAAAACAAUAAUUAUUAUACCAAGGAAUUUUUUUUCA